UUGGAUCCAAGAGUUUCACCAUCGCUUGAGGUCUCUUCUGGUAUAACGAUGAGAAAUUUCGUCUAUUAUUUUGUGCAAAUUGUGGGAUUUGUUUUUCAUUUCAGCAUUGCCGAUCCAAUAAGAGGUGAUAACGUGUUUGCGGUAAAAGAAGGUGAAUUUCCACUCGCAGCGGCUCUGAUAAGAAAAACUGAAUGCUUAAACGAUGAAUGUGACUUCAUUUGCACCGGUGUACUCAUCUCAAAAAGGCAUAUUUUGACUGCCGACCACUGUUUUGAAGAAUUGCAACCAAACGACACGCAAAUUAUCUUAAACUCCAUUGAUUUGAGAUAUGGUACGAGGUACAAUGUGAGUAAAUGGAUAACUUACGAUGAGUGGGCAAUGAAGAAACGAAUUCAUAUAGUACUAUACGAUAACGACAUUGCCGUGAUAGAGCUGUCGGAGGAUGUCGACGACAAGCUGGUACCAGCUAAGCUGUCGAAGAAAUCACGCUGCGAAUUAAAGAACCGAAACGUAACGAUGUUAGGAUGGGGUCAGAGAAGUUUGAACUCUACAGAAAACCCAAGAUAUUUGCAUAAGGCACAACUUCAAGUACUGAAGAUAAGAGAUUGCCAACAGAUAAUGUUGAAGCUGUUAAAUCGAUUAGCUGAUAUUGAAGACAGUUACUUCUGUACGAGAGCUGAACCUUUUAUUUUGUUGGGUCAUGGUGACAGUGGAGGCCCGAUUCUCACUGAAAAAGGGAAAGUCGUAGGCGUUAACACUGGCAUAUGUCCGAAUUACUUCACAUUGCAUCCACGGCAGAUAAACAAAGUCGUAAACCUUCACGCGAGCGUACACUACUACAAAAAAUUCAUAAAGGAUGUAUUGAACGGUUUUUGAAAAUCUCCCAAAUAAAAUUGAGACUAAACUAAACUAGCGAUAACUUUUAUUCCUAUUUAUUUAUCCAUGUUGUUUGUGCACACUAUCAUUACUCUGCUUUUUUCUAAGUGCUGUUUGUACAUAUAUUCGCUUAUUUAUUGUCAUCACUAUUGAAUACCUUUACAAAUAUCUUUGCUUGUAUUACGAUACAACUUUUGCAACUUGGCAGUUCUCAAAUGAAAUCAGGGCAACAGUGCAGAAAUAAGUUGCAUCCAGUACAGAAUCAUGUCAAACUUCAUGCGAACAGGCGGUAGUACAAUUCAUUUAUAUAGAAGAUUUACUGAAGAUCAACUAAACUUCUAUUGUCGCACAUGUACAAGCACGAUAAGUAAAAAAUGUUUAAAAUAUGUUUCUUAUAGCUAACUUAUUAAGGAUGUCACAAGAAAUUAUUACAUUGAUGGGAAAAUGUACAAAGAACAACACGAAGCAUGCAAUUGCUUCGUUUUAGCUUAAUUCGUCAAUGCAGUAUGAACGUACAGUAACUAUCACGUGGUC